GCGCCGCUUUGCCACCCAUAAUUUAGCGGCGAAAUUAUUACUAUUGUUUUCACCGAAAAUCUGUGAAAAUAUAGCUUAAUACUUGGCAUUUUCUACUAACAAAGCUAUUACAGAUACUGUCCCGUUCAAAGCACAGUGAUUUCGUGAUUAUCUUAUUAGAAAAAUUGAUUUUUGCCAAAGUUCCAAAAGUCAUGAAUUCAUCUACCAAGUACUACGUAUACCUUGGUCUCACCAUCGCAGCGUACUUCGUAGCAUCAAAAUUUGUAUUCGACAAGGUAUAUGACACCAUACGCAUUGUAAUUGAUGAGUUAUUCCACAUUCCACAAGGCUUAGCUUUCUGUAAACAUAACUUUACUUACUGGGACCCAAAAAUAACGACACUUCCAGGCUUGUACUUAGUCUCUUCAGUAUUUUUGGGUAAUUAUUUCAAAUGUAACACAUACAAUUUACGAUUUACAAACCUCAUUGCUUCAGUUGUGAAUUUAAUUCUCUUUGCAUCAAUAUUCAAAUUUACAUAUGGCAACAAUCAACCGUCAAAAAAUGUGUUACAAGCUUUGAGUUUGGCUAUAUUACCUCCUUUGUAUUUUUUCUCUCAUGUUUAUUACACCGAUACACUAUCAUUGACAUUUUUGUUAAUCUUUUCUCGCUUAUGUUUUACGAGUAAAUUCAAAAUUUCUAUUCUUAUAUUCGGAUUAUGGAGCGUACUUAUGAGGCAAACAAACAUAGUGUGGGUGGCUAUGGUUUUCGGGCACAAAACUCUAGAUAUGCUCAUUCGUACUUCAAGGGUGUUCGGUAACACAUAUUUAACCAAAAUGACUUCACGUAGAACCUCAAUUAUAGAUAAAGACAUUGAUAAUACAAAGCUGAAAAGAUACUAUGGCCUUGCUGAUGUAUAUGUUGCCUUAAAAUAUCAUUUGUCAACAUGUUUUGUUACAUUUUUUAAAUAUUUAACCAUUCAAGAUUGGCUGGUACUACUAACGCAUGGAAUUAUAUUAAUAACCUUUGUAACUUUUGUCUUUUUGAACGGAUCAAUUGUGUUAGGAGACAAAAAGGCUCAUGAAGCAACAAUACACAUACCACAGAUGUUUUACUUUCUAAUUUUCUAUGGCAUAUUUGGGUUGCCAUAUGUGAUAAUUAAGUUUACGACUACAUUCAAACUGAUUUUUGGGAAUAAAUUAAAAAUUAUUAUUCUAACUUUGAUAUUUUUGGCAAUAGUGCAUUUUAACACUGUAUCACAUCCGUAUUUACUGGCUGAUAACCGGCAUUACACGUUCUAUGUGUGGAACCGUUGGUAUGGUAAAUACUAUUUUGCCAAGUAUGUAUCGGUACCUGUAUAUGUUUUUCUACUAAUUAAUUUGUAUGCCAAUUUAAAGGAUCAAAAUUGUGUAUCAUUUUUGUUGCCAUACACAAUUUGCGUUUUCAUUGUGUUGUCAUUGCAAAAAAUGAUUGAAAUUAGAUACUUUUUAAUACCGUAUAUUAUUUUGAGGCUACGGUUUGCUAAGCCAUCUGUCUGGGUAGUUUUCGGUGAAUUUUUAUGGUAUAUAAUUUUAAAUGCGGCAACAUUUUACUUGUUCUUCACCAAAGAGAUUAUAUGGAAAGAUUUUGAUUAUACACAGAGGCUUAUUUGGUAAAAUAAUUUACUGCGUUUUGUUUGUAAGAAAUGCCUAAACGCAAUUUGAAAGUUUUGUAAAGUGGGAAUUAUUUGAAAUAUCCGAAUCCACGAAGCGCUUGUCUGUUAAACAAUGGCAUUAAAUGUCCCAAUCGUUUUGAGUCAUUACCUUUUAAACAAUGGCAUUGUAUUCAUUAUUAACCCACACGCAAGCCGGCGUGUAACAUUUUGAUACUUGGUAUUUUAUUUUUUUCGAGACUUCAGUUUUAUGUUUCCAAGCAUUUUAGUAUAGAUUGUUUUUAUUGUGCUAAUUUUUCACUCUCUCUCUCUCACUCAGUCACUAUUACACGGUAAAAUUGCAAAUGGCAAAUGUUUUCAUAAUAAUCUCAGUACAGAGUACUAAAAAAACCGACCUCAAAAGUGCGUUGAAUUACGUCUACGUGCUAAGUUUUAUUGAAAUAUCCUUAAAUUCGCCACU